ACCGGAGCUACCGGAGCAGAGACCUGGGUGCUCCACUGCUCCACUCCGUACAGUCCGUACGAUACAAGAGAUUGCAGGAUGGCACGCUGAUAGUCGAGAACUUUUUACGUUUAUUUAUAUUUUUCGCAGACGCGCGAAGCAAUUGGCGAUGGCGUCGACUUACAUCAAGGAUGAAACGGGUACGUUUAUUCCAGCAAGCCAACGACCCGAUGGCACAUGGCGUAAGCAACGACGUGUGAAAGAUGGAUAUAUUCCUCAGGAAGAAGUUCCAUUAUAUGAAAGUAAAGGAAAACAAUUGAUAAAAAAGCCUUUAUAUCCUGUGGGUGCCAGUCCAGAAUUUAUAGCAGAACACAAAGCCAAGCUGGAGGCUCUAGCGGCCAAGAACAAAGUGAUACCUGGUGCACAAGCGAAAACUCAAGAAGGAUCCAAGAAAAAGAAGAAGAAAAACAAAUCUAAAGUCAUGGAACCUGUCGCCGAAGGGUUGUCCAAAAUCUCGAUCUCAGAGCCUGAAUUUCAUAAGGAAGUUUCAGCUCACACCAACAAGUCGUUGUCCACUGCAAAACAGACCACGACAAACAAUGUAACUAAAGACAAUUCAAACACUACGCAGAAAACGACAACCGAUCCGCAGAAGAGAUUAAAGAACCUUCGCAAAAAAAUUAGGGAAAUAGAAGUGUUAGAGGAUAAAAUUAAAACUGGUGCUCUGAAAAAUCCUGAUAAAGAGAUACUCGACAAAGUCGCGCGGAAAACGGAAAUCUCUAAGGAGAUAAAAAGAUUAGAGGCUGCUUUAUAGAUUAUAUUUGAUUAAAACUUUCACACAAAUCUGUCAGUGCCAUCAAAAAAUGGUGCGAUUGUAGAACUUGGAUUGAUAACGAUCCUGUUAUAUAGCAAAGCAAACCCUUCAUUUCUCUCGAUAAUUACAUUACAGUUUUAAUAUCGCAUCUUAUAUUAAUCAUUUUUUAUUUACUCACGGUGUGUAGAUUGAUAAUAUUGAUACAUAUAUUUAUAUGUAUGACAGUGCUAUUGAUUGUCGACGAUUCUUGAUCAAAAAUUUUAUACAUGCAUCUAUGUAUAUGUAUACAUAGAUACAUGUAUAUACAUAUAUGUAUAUAAAAGAAUUUACGUGAAAGUUUUAAUAAAGACGAACGAAAUUUUCGUCAAAUGAAUUAUAUUCUGCACGUCAUGAUUUCGUCCUUUUAAAUUGAUUAAAAGGAUAAAAUAAAAACCAGUUUUAGAUAGAUUUAUAUUAGUGGUCAGAAUGAUCUAAAAAAUAUAUGUAGACAUCUGUGAGAGUGUUUUAACGAGAAUUAUUAUGCAUUUAAUGUGAUAAGAUAAAGUAUCGAUUUAUAAUAUUUAUAGCGAAUAAACCCAAAAUCAUAUUAAAAAAAACUGUCGCGUUUUUGUGAGAAAAAUAAAUGUUCUCCAAAUUAUUAUCACAUAAGUUUUUGUUAAUAGCAAUUUUAUUAUAUUAAUAAAGUAUUGUAAUUAAUAAUUGUAAA